ACAGCCUCUUUCUGGACCCGCCUCCCGCCCUGGCCUGAGGGCCUCAGUCCUCCGUGCGGUUCGCCCAGGCGCCGGCGCCUCCUCGUCCUGUCCGCUGGCGGAGGGACGCGUGGGGGCCGCUUCCCAGGCGACAGAGGUCCGAACGUCCGCGGGUUCUGACACCACGGUCUCGAGCUGAGGCCGCGGGCUCACGGUGGUGCGGAGAGCUGAAGGGCCUGCUCACCGCCAGAGGGGGCUGAAGGGCCUGUGGAAGCCUGCACGGCAGAGCGGCCCGCGCACGGGGUCUGGGUCAGAGCCUGUGCAUCGUGAAUCGCGAAUCGCGAAUCGCGAAUCGGGGAUCGGGUACUCCCUGCUUUUUCUAGGGACUCUGAUACUUGAUGACCACAAUGAAAAAUAGGAGCCAAGAUGACAUGGUAACUGGCACACUUCCCAAACUCAAGAGCUCCAAAGAAUGGUUGGAACCACAGUCGCUUUCUUUUAUGGAGGCUUUAGCUAAAGAAGAUUCUGAUGCAGCUGUUCAAUCAAUUUUAUAUAGAGAAAAUUAUAUAAUGAAGGAACUAGAUAAGUAUUUAUAUCAUCAUGACUUCUUAAACACAAGAAGAAAAGAGAUGUUGUAUAAAAAAUGGGUUGAACGUGUGGCAGAUCCUCUCCAGAAGAAAAUUGUAGAAAAAGUUCAUUCACAUAAGAACAUUAAAAAGAGGAGACAUCAAGAAUUAGACAAUUUUUUGAAACAUUCAAAUAAGAAGGGAAAUGCAUUUAUAGAGCAUUAUGAUCCAAAAGAAUAUGAUCCUUUUUAUAUGAGCAAAGAGGACCCCAAUUUUCUGAAGGUCGUCAUGCCACCAUUUCGUGACCCCUUGAAAAAAGCCCAAUAUGACAAGGAUAAUGAAAAAAGAACUCUUCUGCAGUGUGAGACUGGCAAAAUCUAUACAAUGAAAGAAUUUAAAGAGAUUGAGAAGGCCCGGUUGCAUUCCAGAUUCCCGAGUAUUUCUAAUUCAAGGCAAAGUAUGACUCCAAAUGAAUGGCUUAAAAUGCCCAUGAGUUAUAUAGAAAGUGAAUUUUGUAAAAGGAGCAGGUUGAAAGUGAAGAUGAAUUUUAAUGCUAAUAGUUUUGAUUUGAGUCCGUUGAAAAGGGUGCCUAAUUUUCUGGAGCUCCUGGAGGAGAAAAUGGUGAUCGUUUACAAUUUCUUGCAGCUUCCGUGGACUCAGGCCGAUUGGCAGAGUGAUGUCAGCUGAGACAGACGCACAUGCUGAGGCAAGACCCGUGGAGGACACGUGAUGUUUGGAGGGUAAAGAUAGGACUCGACCGACAUUGAUGAGGGCUGAGCUAGGGCUUAUAGAGCUAGCUGUGCAACGCUUGUGGGUCUCUU